CACUGGAGGAGGCGGGGCUUGAGCGAUCAGCUGCAGCACACACAGAAUGAACUAGAAGAGCGAUAGCUAUCGCGGACGGCGCUGCCGGAGAUGUUUAAUGCAGCGAUAUAACUGCUCUUGAAACGCACCCCGAAGACCUGUUUCUGUCGAGAAGGUUUGGAGGCUGUUUAUCACCCAAACGCACCCUUGUGAAGGCGGGAUGUGGUGGUCCUGGCCCCUGGUGUCUGUGCUGGUGCUCUGCUCUCUGCUGUCGGUGGGGACCGUGAGAACCGCACCCUGUCAGACCUGCCGCAAACUCACUGACCGCUUCCUCCAGGGCUUGGAGCGAACGGCCAAUAAGAAUUUUGGAGGAGGGAAUACGGCUUGGGAAGAGGAGAAACUGGCGAAAUAUUCCCGCAGUGAAACUCGUCUGUUGGAGAUUGUAGAGGCGGCAUGUGACAAAUCCGACUUUGACUGCAACCGUCUGCUGGAGCAGAUCGAGGAUCAGGUGGAGACGUGGUGGUUUCACAGACAGCAGGAGUCUCCAGACCUGUUUGAGUGGCUGUGCAUCGAGGAGCUGCGACUGUGCUGCCCACCUGGACACUACGGGCCUGACUGCGCAGAGUGUCCCUCCGGCCCUGGAGGAGUGUGUGGAGGUCUGGGCCGCUGUGAGGGUGAAGGCACACGUCUGGGAGACGGAGACUGUGUUUGUGACCCGGGAUACUCCGGCGUUCUGUGUCAGGACUGUGCCGACGGAUACUACAGAGAAAAGAGCUCCAAUCACACACAGCCGCCCUGCUCAGCUUGCCAUCAUUCCUGUAAAAAGUGCAGCGGUCCUCAGGACGACAGAUGUCAGGACUGUAAGCCGGGAUGGAUCCUGCACAGCAACAAGUGUGUGGAUGUGGAUGAGUGCGGCACUGAGCUGGCUCGCUGUCCUUCGAACACGUACUGCUUCAACACAGACGGCUCUUAUGAAUGCAGAGGGUGUGAUCAAGCGUGUGUGGGCUGUAUGGGCAGCGGACCGGCUCGCUGUAAGAAGUGCGCUCGAGGCUUCAGACUCACUGGGGCCAAGUGUCUAGACAUCGAUGAGUGUGCGGAGAGAGCCAUCGCCUGCCCCGGACUCAAUGAAGCGUGUGUUAAUGAGGAGGGCUCGUUCCGCUGCGAGUGUGCGGAGGGAUUCAUCCGACGGGACAGCAUCUGUGUGGAGAAUCUGCCACCGACGGGUCCAGAGAAGGGUUUGUUUGAUGACAUGACGGAUGACGAGGUGCUCGUCCUGCAGCAGAUGUUCUUCGGGGUGGUGAUCUGUGCGCUCGCUACUCUCGCCGCCAAAGGAGACAUGGUCUUCACCGCCAUCUUCAUCGGCGGCGUGGCUGCCAUGGCCGGGUACUGGCUCUCGGAGAAGGGCGACCGCGUGCUGGACAGGCAUCCUGAAGGACGCUGACGGAUCGAGGGACUCGGACAGGCUGACGCCGCUGGAACGGGAAGCUCUGGGUUCGGUCGACGCCGUGGCUCUAGGAAUGCAUGUGAAUCAGGGACGUUUAGGACGGGGCCGCAGUGGCAGGGCUGCUGGGUAAUGAUGAUGAUGACGCUGCUCAUGUAGAACACUGUGUUUCAACAGUUCAGCUGCUGCUGUGUUUAUGAGACGCCACACGGUUAGUGAAUGGAUAUGGAGACGUAUGCAACCCAUUCAGGUAGAAGUACUGUACAUACGCCGGCAUGGACAUAUUGGCACUCUCGCAACAUUAAAGGAUUAGUUCACCCCAAAAUGAACUUUUCCUGAUUAUUUAUUCACCCCUGGGCCAUCUGAGAUGUAAAUGACUUUCUUUGUUCAGCCGAAGAGAAAUGAAGGUUCCAGGAUUUUUCUCCAUCUAAUGCAAGGGAAUGCUGCUCAAUGUAGACCAUUUUUUGAUAGUCCAAAAUCCAUAUUUAGGCUUCAAAGAGCUCCACGUGACCCCACCUGACCAAAAAGGGUCUUCUCUAGCAAAACCAUCAGUCAUUUUCAGAAAAAUUAAUUAUAUACAUUAUACGCAUGAGGUCAUGAACUCAACCGUCUCAUGGACGCGCUUUACAGAGCUGGACCAAGGCGAAUAUUUGUAGUUAAAAUGUAUAUAAUUAUAUAUAUAUAUAUAUAUAUAUAUAUUUUUUUUUUUUUCUGAAAAUGACUGAUGGUUUUGCUAGAGAAGACCCUUAUUGGUCAGCUUGGAUGGCCCAGGAGUGAAUAAAUAAUCAGGAAAAGUCAUUUACAUCCCAUUUAUACAUGGAUACUGUGUUCAUUUCUAACGUUUGUCCCAAUGUGUAAAACACUAAGAUUUUCAGAUGCAACACUGUCACAGAAGGUGUGUGUGUGUGUGUGUGUGUGUGUGUGUGUGUGUGUGUGUGUGUGUGUGUGUGUGUGAAAGUAGUGUUUUAUGGCAAAUCAUUUGACUCAUUUCAGCAGGGUUCCCACAUUAUUUGAUCAAUAACUUUUCAUGAUCACUGGAUAAGGAUUUUUUUAAUGAAUCUUUUUGAUUUUAGAUCAAUUUGAAUGGGUUCAACAAAUUUAUUGAACAAUUGCAAAUAAGACGUCACUGUAGUUUGCAAGUUUUACUCUUCACAAGCACAAUAUCGAGUGCUUAAACCUGCUGCAGCCGAGAACAGCUAGAACAUUUCAUGAGUAUGCUGAAAUCGCCAUUUUAAAACCUAAAAUCUAAUAUUCCCGUGGGAACCCUGUUAUAAAUAUGCAAUGUGAAGAAGAAUGCAGUAAUGAAUGUGGUUCAGUUCUUCACCUUCAGUGUGUUCAGCACACGUGGCCUUCAGUCAUUUCACUGACGGAUGUCUUUAGUUUCAGGACAGACGGCUUCAGUGGUCAUAGUGUGUGUCUGCAUGCUUUAAAUAUUUCAUCACGGCUUCUAUUCAUGUUGUUUGUCAUAUUUAUUUUCUUCCAGUGUGAAUAUGCCCUAUAAUGAUUGACAGGUGAGACUGAAUUCUGCCAGCCUUAAUGUGAAUUAUGUUUUAAAUGUCUGUGGUUAGGGUGGAGGGCACUGAUUUCAUUAAAAACUAAUUUAAUUGACUGGCUUUACUCAUUUUUAACUGGACUCUACAAUAAAAACACUUUAAAACUACUUGAAAAUAA